UCUCUUUUAUAAACUCUUUUGGAUGCUAGACAAAAAUAUAAAUAAAACUGUUUAAAAACCAUCACGAAUAUUACUAUUUUUUCAAAUUUAAUCAGGAAGCCAAGCUGAAGAUCAGAGAGUUAAUAAUUGAAGGAAUAGAAGAUGCUAUCUGGGACGCUGAUAAAAAACAGAGUAUCGGUAUUCUUGUUCUAGUUUCAGUCAUCAUAAUUUCCCCUUUCAUCAUUGCACUCUCCAGAAAUGCAAUUAAUAGUGUUGAAAUUUUUGCCAAGAGUAUGAGAAAAAAGGCCGACGAGUUAAGAUCGCAAAGACAAAAAACUGAUAAACUUCUUUAUAAAAUGCUUCCAACAGUUGUGGCUGAUGGGCUCAAGUCGGGAGAGAAUACAACUCACGUAUUUAAAUCUGCUUCACUUGCGUUUAUCAAAAUAGAUGCUUUCUCAGACUUUUUCAAGAUGCACAACCCUAUAGAGGUGAUCCACAUCUUGAACAUCAUCUACAACGCCUUCGACACCAGACUGGACAGGUUCGACGCGUACAAGGUGGAGACCAUUAACGACAGCUACCUCGUGGCAUCAGGACUUCCAGAGGAGAACGAGACGCAUGCCAGAGAAAUCUCUGCUCUGUGCUUGGAUAUUUCUGAAACCUGUUUCUCUCUGGUUAUUCCUAAUUCAACCCUAAACGUCAGAGUUAGUUGUGGAAUACAUUCUGGCCGUGUUGUCGCUGGAGUUGUUGGAAGCAAAAUGCCAAGGUACUGCUUGUUCGGGGAUACUGUGAAUACUGCGUCUAGGAUGCAAUCUUCAGGAUCCCCUGGUAGGAUUCAGUUAACUGCGGAUACUAAAUACCUCCUGGAUCUUCUAGGAGAAGAGUUUCAGUGUGAAUCCAGGGGUACUAUAGAGGUAAAGGGGAAAGGGCCAAUGGAAACCUUCUGGCUAAAUUCACAGAGCAAAGAACACUUCUAAAUCCCAAGUCACUCCACCUUAGACUGAACUCGGUUUAAGUUUAAUUCAGUAUUUGUAGUUGUCGUCGGACAUUUCUCAUUUGUAAAAUUUAUUUAUUUGUGGCAAUUAUAUACUUAGUUUUCGAGUUCAAAUUGGUUUCUAAACAUUUGAACAAAUUAUGAAGAAAUUACGUAAAUCAUGUUUAGAUAUUUUAGAUUUUUCAUUUAAAAUUAUUUAUUAAGGUUUGAAAUAUACUGAUAACCAGAAAACUCUAAAAUAGAACGACGACAUUGAGAAAGAAGUUAUAACUUUGAAAAGUCCAAUGAGCAUGCGACACAUAAAUUGUGGAUUUUAAAUAUACUCAUUAGUGAUUUUAGAAGUUUCUUUAGUAAAACGAAUUGCUUUGUAACAGCAUUAAACAAACUUAAGUAUUGCUUCAAUGUCGUCUUCCUCUUCCAUUGUUUUCUUGUUAUCACUGUAUUCUACAUAUGAAAUUUUUAUGCAUUAAAAACCUGCAGGUUGGAUCUCAAAAGAAUGUGUUUUGAAAAAAAAUACUAACAACUAGAGCUGAGCAAGAUUUCGGUAUGGAAUAACAGUUUACUUGCAUUAAAACGCAAAUAAAAAAUGUUUUUUUUUGAUAUUGUGAAUUUGUGUUUUAUAGUCUGCAUAACUAACUUGUAAAAUUUUAGAAUUUAAACCUAAAG